UCCGUGGUCCGCAACUGGACGGCGGUGGGACACGUGGGGCUGCGGGGAUGGACGCGAAGGGCCCGAGUGCUGUGGCGGAGCCGAGGGGAAGAGUUGGCAGCACGUGGCAGAAGACAACGGCAGAGAAGAAACUUCCAGCCCACGAGUUGGCUUUGCCACCAAUCAGCGACGGAGGCAAGAAGAAAGGGCAGAAGAACAAGGCAGCAGCUCAGUUUGUGCCAAGGAAAACAACCCCCUUGGUGGUGAAGACAUCAUCCCAAGAGAAGUACAGAGCAUUUACUGAGAGGAAAUCGGUGCUCAAGAAGGCUGAAUUAGCUGGAAUGUUGGAAGAGAUGAAAAUGACCAUGCACCUGACCAAGCUGAAGACAAAAGCCAUAGAGGAGCUGAAGCAGUGCAGUGACCACCUGGCAAAGACCAACUGCUGGCUGAUGAAGGACAUCCAGCACACUGACGAUAGCACUGCCAAGCAAGCCAGAGACUUGCUACAUCAGUAUGAAGUAUAUCAGAUGAUCGAGGCAAUGACACAGACCAUCAGUCAGAACCAGCUGGAUAUGGCAAGGGCAGAGCUCCAGGAAAUGGAAAAAACAAUGGAGAAGAAUCUGGGAAAGCUACAGCAGCAACUGGAUGAAGUCACAUCAAAAGUACAGGUUCUCCAGGACGAGCUCAGCAUCCUUCGGACCUACACAGAGAUGGAUUAUCUAAACCAAGCUAUGCAGAUAGUCCUUCUGCUGUCCAACAUCCAAAACCUGAAGAAGCAACAGCAGGAUGAGAUAGACGAGACAGAAAAAAUGGGAAAGGCCAUUCUGGAGGAACUGGAAGAAAAAACACAGCUAGAACAAGAAGAGAUAUUACAGAAAGUUGCGGAGGAGGUGUUGCUGCACCAGGAUGGGCUGAAGCAGAUGGUCAUCAACAAUCACGUUCUUCGACAUGAAAUAAGAAGACAAAAAGAGAUUAUUAAAGACCUGGAAGAGGAGAUCAGCGAGCUGAAGAGAAGCGUCCAGACACUCCGCCAGAGUGCAAGAGACCCAAGAGAGAUGAUCUUUGCUGAUGUUUUUCUCCACAGACCAAAGUAAGCCAGUGAAUUCCCAGAGAAGUAAGGCUGGUCGAUGUGCAGGCACAUGCUUUUCUCUGUGGCCUUGGGUAGGAAGAGUCUGGUGUUGAGCCUUUGUGCAACUGCCACAGAUACCACUGUCAAACCUACAUGCAGUCUGGGAUAUAAACUCACAGCUUACUGUGGUCCUGCUGGGACAGAUUGCUGCCAGGUCUCAUGGCUUGCCUAAUAGCAGCGAGGAAGCAGCCAAAAUAACAGCAGUGUGCUGUCAGCUUUGGUCACUUCUCAUCUCACUUCUAGGCUUCCUUUUGUCCAUCCUGUAAAUGGUGAUAAUUAUUAACUGCAGGAACAGACGGGAGAAGCAGCAGAGCUUUUCAAGGCCCUCGUGACUGCAUCGAUUCUUACUUUAUUGUUCUUUUCUCUCUGUGUUUGGGAAGCAAAACUAGAGGGAGGUGGCCAAGCUCCUGCGGAGGGCAGGACUUACCCAUCUCAAGCCACUUUGCUGGUUGUGUGAAAUGGCACGAGCAGUCUGUGGGAACAAAGAUGGGCAGCCAUUUCCCUAAUAUGUAAAAAAGAAAAAAAGA